GCGGGCGCGCGCCCCGGGAGCGCGGGGAGCUAGGCGCGCGCCAUGGAAGAGCGGUUAGCCGAGUUCCGGGCGGCCCGCAAACGGGCUGGACUGGACGCCCAGUCCAGCACUUCAAGCCAGAGAGCACAAGUUUCGGGAGAGAAGGCGGAAGCAGGGGAGACUCCAAAGGCCAACCCAGGCUGGCUAAGACGGUUCCUGGAGUGGAAACCGAGGCCCGUGAAUGACCGGGCCGGGCCCAGCCUCGCUCAGGGAGCCACUCAGCCUGGGAGCAGCGCAUCACAGACCACGGGGACCACAGGGAGCACAGCCAUUCUUCCACCUUCAUCCUGUGGCCAGUCUUUCCUGAUCAACACCACCUUCUUGAAAGUUCUUCUCUGGUUGGUCCUGCUAGGACUGUUUGUGGAACUGGAAUUUGGCCUGGCUUAUUUUGUCCUGUCUUUGUUCUACUGGAUGUAUGUAGGAAUGCGAGGCCCUGAGGAGAAGAAGAAGGGAGAGAAGAGCGCCUACUCUGUGUUCAACCCAGGCUGUGAGGCCAUCCAGGGCACCCUGACUGCAGAGCAGUUGGAGCGCGAGUUACAGCUUAGGCCCAUGGAGGGGAGGUAGGACUGCGCUCAUUUGUAACGCAGCCCACCCUCAGCCUGUCCUCCUCGCCCUUGAGCGUGGACUUGACUUCAGGUACACAGAACUAAGGACCACUUACAGGCUGGCUCUGUGACCGCGGGGUUCUCCUCCCCUUUUUCCCUGAUCUGCUGCAGUUUCAUCUUUGGUGUUCUCUUUGGCUUUGGUGAAAUUCUCUAAAAGACACUCACUGUGGGGCUGACAGGACUUUAAAAAGUUACUGCUCAAGAAAGGAGGUCUCUGUGCCUUAUUUGAGAGCGAUUUUAGAUGGCUAGGGAGGCACUGGUAGAUUCUCUGUCUAAAAUUCCCACCCAUUUGAAGAAUGAUCAGGUACAUCAGGGCUGUGUAUUAAAUGUGAAUGUUCUCCUUAAGUCUUUUGAUAUUGAUAGUAUUUUUUUCCUGAAAAGUUUAAGUUGUAAGUUUUGAUGGGGAUGGGGGUUAUUUGUUUUUGUUUGCUUUCUGCUUUGAUUCUUGCUUUUUCAGUCACUAAUGAUAUUGGAGUAAAAAAGAUUUUUAUUUUUAUUUUUUUAUACAAUCACCCAUGGUAAAAUGUCUUUUAAACAUCUCCCUUUUAGAAACUGUCUGUCACUCACUGCCAUUACCUUCCGUUCUCCUAUGGAUUCUGUCCCCAGUUGGUAAAGGAAAAUGAGACAAAGUCCUUUGUGACAGGACAGUCAACACUGGAGAUCUGAUAAAUGGUUAUUGAUGAUAAAUUCAGCAAGAGAAGUUCUGAAUGUGUACAGGGAAGGGCUGAGAGUAGAAGUGCAGACUCACUGGGUGAGUGGGUUUUUUCCUACUUUCUAAGGGCUAUAGUCAGCCAUCCUUCACUUGUAGGCUUUAGGGAGAAAUCAUGUAGGCAGGGACCAUCAGGCCUGAUUUCAGUGAUGCCUCUUAUUCCUGUGUAAUGUUGGAGUUUGGAUUCAUUGAAAUCGGGCAACACAAACCCUCACAUAUUUUUCUAUGGAUCAUACUGAUGAGUAAAAAGACUAGUUUUAAAGCAAUAUUUUGUCUAAACUUUUUAUAUUAUGAAAGUCACUCUAAAGUUUAUAAAACAUUGUUAAGAAAUAGAGGUCUGUGGAUAAUUUUUUUGGCCUGGUUUACCAAUUAAAGCAAAUUCUUAGUUUAAUUAUCUCUUAUUUAUUGCAUGCCAACCCCUCACUAGGCACUUGGGAUGUGAUAAUGUGAUAAUGAAGAAACCAGACAUAUUGCUGGUUGUUGGAGCAGACAGUCUAGCUGGAAGUGGGGUGAUAGUUCCAUCCUAUGGCUGAGGAGCCCUGUGUGCCUCAGCCCAGUUGAACAUUCGUCCAGCCCUUUGCUGAUUGAAAGUCUUGUUGACUCUCUUUGUCACCCAGGUGAGCAGAGGUCCCUCUAGCUCACAGAGAAGUCUUUUCUCUAAGAAUAUCUGUUUGAACCCAGCCUGUAAGAAGUAUGGGAAACAGAUGAAUCCCUAUGAAACAAGAAAGUUCUGAUUGGAUUUAAGAUGUGAUUUUGUUUUAUGAUUUAUUUUAAGUAUUUAUUGUUUUGAUAUUUUACUUUGGCCUCUCUGUUUCUUAAAAGCCCAGUACAAGGGAGAAAUCUCUCUAAGUGAAGCUCUACUUCAAUGCCAGACCAAUAACCAUGGUCAUAGGAGAAAAUUUAGAUUUUAAAAUUGUACAAUUCAAGUUUUCCCCUAGAAUAAAUGUAACACUCCAUUAUGGGGUUUGAUCCAUUUGAUUAUCCCAAUAAGUUAGGGAUUUCUCUUAAUCAUACAGGAGACCCAACUUACAAGGGACCUCACUAGCAUUCUUUGAAAAUGUGCCUGUUUAGAAUGGGGUGGAGACCAGAUUGCCUUAAGCACAUCUUCCCAAAGAGGUGAUAUGGCAUAGCCUUCUAGGAAAAGGGGAGUGUGAACCUAUUACAUGCCUGGAAGGAAGAAGAGAGGACAGUGUGUAUUUGUUGUUCUCAUCAGACCAUUAAGCUUUAGGUGCAGUCUCGAUUCCAAAUUUAGGUCUGUUGAUCUCAGAAUUUCCACUCAGGACCUAACCAUUAGCCUAAAGUGAGGGUUCCAUUAAAGGCUUCUUCUGUCAUCAGGGAAAGAAGUCAUGCAGUUCUGUGGGAGCUGUAGGCAUGAGAGACGUCGUUUUUCUCCAGGUCUGACCAGAAGAUUGGUUUUUGCUCUUGCUCAUGGUAUCCCAUCUUGUCUGUUCCUAGGGACUGUUAAACAAGUCUCUGGAAGGGACCCUAAAAUGACCUCACCUUGGGUAGGGCCACAUUUAGUACUGACUAAAGAUUGUUUGUUUCUAGUGAUCCCUGAAGAAGAAUCUCUCAGGAAGUUCUCUCUGGAACUUUUGUCACCCUGGGGCAUUUUUUUCUUUUUCUGAUCUCAGUUGGCUUGGAGCACCUGGAGAUCCUGGGGACCUUCCAGACUGGUAGACAACUGCUCAGGGCUGUCUUAGCCCUGUCUGUUCUUCAGGCCGAGUCACCUUAACUGUAUCUCUGGGACACAGUCAAGCUGUGCCCUUCCUUUUUUUCCUUUAUAAAAAAAUCUUACUGUUUGGUAGCCCCAGCCCCUUUUGAGGGUUUUGGGUAGGGCAGAAGCAAAUGUCCCUAUUAGUACCUGCAAUGACCUUUCUCAAAAGCUUUGGAGUUUUACCAAUGAUGACUUAGAAGUAAAUGUUUUUUUUGCUACUAGGAUUAUACUUUGACUAUAGGAGAUCCCCCACAUUUGCCUUUUGAUUGAUCUGCGUAGUAAGAUUAGGUUCAUAGCUCUAUGCUUGAAGUUAGGAAUUUACACAAUUGGACUAGCCAGUGACUUUCUGGUGGGCAAAGAGUAAAAUGUAAACUUUGUGUUUUUGGCUGUUGCCACCCACACCAGUAAAUGUUUGUCAGCGCACUGGGCUUGGUGCUGAUGAGCCCCUGCUUGGCCCAAGUGUCAGUAAGAUCCAGUUGGAUGCAGGGUGGGGCUGAGAUGCCAUAGAGCAUCUGGCCACCAGGGGGUAGCAUAGAGCUUCUGCAACACAACAUGGGUCCCUCACAUCACAGUUGGUAAUCCAUGUCACAUGGAAAACCCACUGAGAUGUGUAUCCAAACCACUUGCACUGCUUUUUCAGGCUUUAUUUUCACUUUUAAGAUUCAUAGAGGAAAGGGCUCCUCAGAGGUCCUGGGAAAGGCAUAAAAAGCUACCAGAAGUGAUUUAUUCACAUUUCAAAAUAAAACAACAGCCCCGCUCUAGAUUUAGCAGGCAAAAUUGUGGUUCCUUGCCCACAUCUGAGCUUUGAGAGGGUUGGGGGUGGAGCUGACUGGGAAUUUAUAUACCUGGCAGAGAAAAAUGGUCCUUAAAUCAAAUAAAGUGAAAUUUGAACUAAAUGCUUUGGCUUCUAUGUCACAUACUUUUAUUUUGCAACAUUGGAACAUUUGGGCUAGAUAAAGACUUGGAUCUCAUUCUCAAAAUGCUGAGAGAAAAAGCUGAGUACA